AUAUAAUGAUUUUCACCUAUCAUAGUGUUUUAAACAUUGAUUUAGUCAUUUUUCUGUCAUAAUAAAAAAUGAUGUAGUUUUCAAAAGCAUACCAUUGGGGAGCCCUUGAAAUUCGCCGUUUAAUGAGGAAAGUUGAUAACAGGGUUUCUGGAAAACCAAGUCCUUGGUUUUUGAUCAGAAAAUUUUGAAACCCAUAUAGUCUGAUAGAGCAUAUAAUUAUGAGGAAAACAAGCUAUCUGCCGGUUGUGUGUAACGCGUUUUCACGCAACUGCUUACAAAUGGCUGCAAAUGGCGUGAAAAUUACCUAAACGCUCUGCUUAAAAAGCGUUACACAGAUAUGUGUGCGUUACGGGAGAUAGCUUGUUUUCCUCAUAAUUCUAUGCUCUAUCAGACUAUAUGAGUUUAAAAACUUUCUGACCAAAAACCAAGGACUUGGUUUUCCAGAAACCCUGUUAUCAACUUCCCUCAUGAAACGGCGAUAUGAACCUCAUCUGAUAGAAAAAUCUUCGGGCUACUCAAAACAGUAUUUAGAUUGGAUCCAGCUUUUAAUAAAAGUACAGAAAAAAAGAAGUUAUUGAGCUUAUGACACACUGACUGCAUAGAUAACAUCCAAACGCUUCUUUUUCAUAUCUUUAAUGACUGACCGCAUUUGUCUGGGUAUUCUCCCUAGCUCACUUUGUAGAGAAUUUCAAGGGCUCCCCAAUGGUAUGCUUUUGAAAACUACAUCAUUUUUUAUUAUGACAGAAAAAUGACUAAAUCAAUGUUUAAAACACUAUGAUAGGUGAAAAUCAUUAUAUCGGUCGAGUAUUUCGACUGCUGAUCCAUGUGGGAAUAUUUUUGAAAAGCCUAUUUAUAGCUCAUUUUGAAGCCCGUGAAAUUCUCUAUCGGACGAUAUAUAAAGAGAAGUGGUUAACGACAAACUGGCUGGACAAUAUAAGCGAUGAACGCUGUUGACCUAUGGAUUUGUGGAGGUCGGGGCUACUAUUUCUAGUGUUAGGACGCCCAGAUCCCAUUUGUUCUCAAUAUUCUAUAUAUCAUUUUGUAGCCCACGAAAUUCUCUAUCGAGUGAUGUACAGUAGUUGAGGUUUGCUUUGGGUAAAGAGAGGAAAUGGGGAAAAUAUUCUAAAUAAAGUUCAUUUAAAGGGAAAAAAGUUUGGAUGUGGAAUUAUUUUCAGGGGGGCUGAAAAUGGAUUUUUUGAGGUGCUAGUUUUAAUCACGGAGGAAAUUACAUCAGACUUGGGAAUAUGAGCUUGAUUUGAGAGAAGGCCGAUUUUGCCUCUUAGCGACCCCAGUCCUUUGAAUUGUUCAAAAAUUUUCUAUUAGAAUCAAUCCUGGCUGUCUUGUUCUUGGUCACAAUAAUCGUAGUACGGAGGUUCAGCUGUGAAAAACAAAAUGUUAAUGUUUUAGCAAGGUUUUUACGUCGGGUUGACUGCGAUCGGGCUAGUGACCUGAGUUGUACCAUUUCAAUAACAACAUAUUUAUCCCUCUCGUAUUUAUUUUCAGAUCGUUAAAUGUUUAGAUUGGAUAAUGUUAGGAUUGAAAAGAGUUAAAAUAUCAACAGCUGAAUUUCCCGUCAUUCGUGAUCCGCGUAAUACAGGAACGUCUGAUCCAGAAAAAAUGACAAUAAUUUUACAUGGUGAAUAUGACGAGUAUAAAUUAGAGUUGCACGAUCCAUGUAGUGCUAAAGAAAAUGAGGAAGAAAUCACAUUUAAAUUUAAAACAGUUCAUCUUGGAGAACUGAGAAAAAUUAGUGUUGAUCGUAAUCGAGAAUGGUAUUUAGAACGUAUUAUAAUUGAUGAUCCAAAAUCUGAAAAAAGUUUCUCGCUAGUAACGGUGAUGGUGCGUUCUGCUACCAAACAAAAUGGUUAUUAUUUUCAAUUGCACCAUGGUCAAAUUGAAACAUGUGCAUCGAGUCAACAUCGUCGAAUACCAAAUUUAGAAACAACUAUAAACAAACGAAUGAUCCGUGAAAUAACAGCAAUUGGUCAACUUGUUUUGUCAAAAACUCUUAAAGGUGGUCGUUUACCAACCGCUCUCGUUUCUGGUAAAUUACCAUGUUCAUGA